CCGCGUACUCCCCCUCUCCCUUCCUCCCCGCAUAUCCUCUCCGUCAUGGCUAAGGACAAGACCGCAGUCAAGGCGUCUAAGAAAGCCGAUAAGGCCGAGAAGAAGGUCGACAAAAAGGCUGAAAAGGCUGCCGCAAAGGCAUCUAAAAAGGCACCUGCUCCUCCAAAACCCGUCGAGGCUACCAAAAAGGUGUCGAAGAAGGUCGUCGCCGCGAAGAAGGCGGAAUCUUCUUCGGACGAAUCCGAGUCUUCCGAUUCGGAGGAGGAAAAGCCCAAGGCGACCCAGGUCAAAGCAACUCCAACCAAGGCCGACUCUUCCUCCGACUCGUCUGAAGAUAGCGACGACGACGCUCCUCCUCCCAAAAAAGCUGUUGCGGCAUCCACCAAGAAAGCAUCAGCACCUGCGCCUGCGCUCAAAAAGACUGAGGAUUCUGAUUCCGAUUCCGACUCGGACUCAUCUGCGCCUGCGCCUGCCACCACGAAGAUUUCGGCUCCGAAGCCUGCUGCAGUGAAGAAGGCCGAGUCGGAUUCGGAUUCGGAUUCAGACUCCGACUCAGAUUCCAACGAGGAAAAGCCCAAGGCCGUUGCAUCUAAGCCUGACACUUCCUCCGACGAGGAUUCGGAUGAGGAAAUGCCCGCUGCUCCCAAGACGAAUGGCACAGCAAAGGCUGGAUCGGACUCGGAUGACAGCUCAGACUCGGACUCUGACUCUGACUCUGACGAAGAGAUGGCUGAGUCGCCUUCCAAUCCUGCCGUGAAUGGAAAAAGAAAGGCUCCCGAGAGCGAUGCGGCACCUACCAAAAAAGUGAAGCUUGCCAACGGUGAUGCUGUGCCAGUUGCUGCUACUUCAGGCGACGAAGAGAUCAAAUCUAUCUUCGUCGGGAGGCUCUCCUGGAAUGUCGACAACGAUCGACUGGCACAAGAGUUCGCAUCGUGCGGAGAGGUCGUAUCCGCGACAGUUGCUAUGGACCGGAGCACUGGUCGCUCGCGAGGAUUUGGGCAUGUGCACUUCGCAUCUGCGGACUCUGUGGCCAAGGCCAUCGAGAUGAACGGCGUGGAGAUCGAUGGUCGUCCUGUCAAUAUAGAUUAUGGACGGCCGGCGGCUGCAGCAGGGGAGAAGACGAACAACCGAGCCAAGGCCUUCGGUGACACCCCGAGCGAGCCGAGUGCAACACUCUUUGUAGGGAACUUGAGCUUUGGGGUCAACGAAGAUACUUUAUGGAGUUUCUUCAACGAAACGGGUGGCGCCGUGAAGAGUGUUCGGAUUCCUACGGAUCGGGAAACCGGACGUCCCAAGGGAUUUGCGUAUGUCGAGUUCGAAGACUUGGACAGUGCCAAGAAGGCAUACGAGUCCAAUGGCUCUGACAUCGAGGGCCGUCCCAUCCGCCUCGAUUACUCUCAGCCACGUGAUUCCAAUGGUGGUGGCGCCCGUGGUGGAGGAUUUGGUGGUCGCGGACGAGGGGGUGACCGUGGAGGUCGCGGUGGAGGUCGUGGUGGAUUUGGUGGCGACCGUGGUCGUGGCGGAUUCGGCGGCCGCGGCCGCGGCGGUGACAGAGGAGGUCGCGGAGGCCGUGGUGGUUUCCGAGGUGGCUCCGCCCGCACUGGCGGCAUUGCGUCGUUCGAGGGAAAGAAGGUCACCUUCGAUUAAUCCUAUCGCAGAAUUUAUUCAUACUCACUCACCGUCUCUACACCUCUUCAUCAUUUAAUGCGAUAUGAAGAGGCUGCAUCUCACUUCUAAUGAAUCCG